CUCACGUCUUCCCUCCCCCCCUUGCCCCAAAUCCCUUCAUCUUUUCCCACCCCCUUGAGACCCGUCACCGUGGGUCAACCGUCAUUGUCCGGCUAUCUGGCUUGGUGGAUUUCUGGGACUUUUAUUAUCUCUACUUUAUCUGAUUCGGGUGGUGGUGUUGGCGCAUAUUAAUGAUCACUUAUCAACGACUUACUCCGGCCCACCUUCUGAGGAGUGCAUAACGCGCCAGCCUCACGUGGCCUUUGUGGUCCUGAUUACUCAGGCGACACCGCCCAGCGAUAAAGAAUCAGGCACCAACAGGCACACAAGCCCAGGCACCAACCCGGCAUAACUCAGGCAUCCCAUACUAUCACCUCAACUUGCUCACCGCCUCGCCCCUCUCGCACUCCCAGGGCAUCCCGACGCCCGAAGCUCCAUCGUUCGACCACAUCUAACCCAACCAUUCCCGCAGAUCGACCUCAGAGGCCCGACUCCCCCAUCUGCAUGCAAGCCUAGCAUCCCGCCCACUUGCGCCACCGAAUAGUGUCGCAACUUGUUCGCGACUCGAUCCCAACCCAUCCCCCGGGCGCGUUCCCUUGACGCGCCAUUUCGCGGCCUUCGCCGUUGGAUCGUUCAACUAUGUAUGGCACGCCUCAAUCUCACGCGACAAUGAACGGACUGGGCGAGGUAGUCGAUGGCUCGGGGACCAUCGAUCCGGCAAACCUGAGCAACUCCGUCUCUACCAUGCCGGCACCAUCCACUGCUGAGCCAAGUCCCCGUGGUGUCAAGCGUAGUCGCACGCCAGAUCACAGUGGGAAUGGACUUGGGGAGGGAGAUCAAGAUGAUGAGGACCAAGGUCGUCGCAAACGCGGUCGUCCUCCCAAAACGCCUCGGGCCAGCUCCAACGACCAUCAGUCCGCUGGUACCCCUGUUCAAACGCCUCAGAUGCAAAGCCGGCCUCUACCUCACCAGGGUGCCGGGUCCCCACUGCUUGCAUCACCGCCGGACAAACCCACUCCGACAAAGACGCUCGUCAAAGCGCUUCCCACUGUCAGGGACCAUACAUCCGAUCAAUUAAACGAUGAGGGUGAUGAAUACAUUCCCAAGGAGUUUGACGAUGCAGGGGAAACAAAGGUCGAUUCCAUGGGCUAUCCUCUGGGUGGUCGCGAAUAUAAAUGUCGCACUUUCCGUGUCCCCAACCGAGGCACCAAGCUCUUCAUGCUGGCAACAGAGUGUGCGAGGGUGUUGAACUAUCGGGAUUCGUAUCUACUUUUCAACAAGAAUCGCUCUUUGCACAAGAUUAUUGCGUCUCAAAUCGAAAAAGACGACCUCAUUCAGCAAGACAUUCUCCCGUACUCCUACCGCUCUCGACAAAUCGCCAUCGUCUCCGCCAGGUCUAUGUUCCGCCAGUUCGGCAGCCGUGUUAUCGUGAACGGCAGACGAGUUCGUGACGAUUAUUGGGAGAGUAAGGCUAGGAAACAGGGCUUUACCGAAGAAGACAUGGCUGGCGAAAAACGUCCAGGAACUGCCAAGACUCGCGAUCCCCCGGUAGACACUCAGACUUCUACACUGUUGCCACUUCCCCACAACAAUGUCAUAUUUAGCAGUACGGUUGAGCCUCUGCCGCCUGGCUUGUCUCUGGAUGUUACGGACUCUACCUCGUUGGCUCAGCUUCCGAUGAUUCAUAUGGCGACAACCGACGAUCCUCGGCUGCGAGACUACAAUUCUAUGCCGCGCUCACGCCAGGAGUUGACUGGCCAGCCCUACCAGGACAAUACACGGACAAGUACCGGAGCUGAAAUCAUUCAUCAGGCUCAGACGGCUGCCGAUUUCAACAAGGCUUUGAAUGCUCAGAGAAGCUUCCGCCUAAAGGGAUUGGAUGAAUUCUAUUCGAAGCCUCGCGAAGCACCGGAAAUUGAGGGCCAGGCCAUCACCGCUCUUGACUCCGGCUUGUCUGUUUCGCAACCUAUUCAACCUGCCCAAAUACCACCGGCGGGGAUGGCAACCUCUGCCCAUGCUCAACAUAUGAUUCCUCCUCAAGCUAUGGUGCCUGGACAACAAGCUUUUCCCCAGCAGCCACAUCAACAAUCAAUCGGCCAAUCUCCCGUCAGAGGGAUUCCUCCAGGCAUGCAACCCAACCUUAUGCACCAGCGAUCUAAUCCAUCCAUGUCAGCCGGAGUGCCCCAGGCUUCUUACGCGUACCCUUCCCAGCAGCCACAGCAGAUGUGGGGUCAACCGCCACCACAACCUCAACCAUCUCCAUUGUCGGCUGCGGGACCGCAAGGGGUGGGUAUGCCUCAGUACGGUCAGCAGAUGCCAGCAAAUACGCAGCAGGCUCCAUCGCCGCUGCACCAUGGCCAGCAACCCCAGCAGUCUCCUCGUCAACACCGCCCGUCGGUGCCACAGAUUCCCCAGCAAUUCCAACAGAUGCAGCAGCAUCCCCAGAUGCAACAGCAAAUGCAACAGCAAAUGCAGUAUGCUGCCGCUGCCGGUGCACCUGCCGGUUACCCUGGCAUGGCGCGGGCAAUGUACCCUUCUGCACAGGGCCCUGGCCCUCAGGCUUUCAUGGCAGCCAACCCCCAGCAGGCAGGUAUGACAAUGGGCAUGGGUACGGGUAUGCCAGGUUGGCCUGCGGGAGCAGGUGCCCCGAUGCAACCUGGUCAGCCUCAGCCGGGUCAGUCUGGCAGCCCAUUAGGAGGAUGGUCAGGCUACUAGAUUGCGGUUUGGCGUUGUCUAGAAUGGCGUUUAUGGGACACAAUUUUCAGCAUCAGAGACGCUCAUCUUUCCUGUUAUUUUUAUCGCUUUCUUGAGGUCCUUGAACGAUUCCCGCUCUUCGUUUCCUUCCUCGGUCUCCUGUUAUGGUGAUCAACCUGUUGUGACCUCUCCCCCCUUGCAUCUCGUGUCUGUUUGUGUGACUACCCCUCAUCGAGGGGCUUUCGAUAAUGUUAGUCUGGGCCAGCCUCCCUAUACCCUUUGUUGUACUUGGUUCGGCUCGGGUCUUGAUUGAUGUCUUUGCACCGUUGUUUCGUUUUUCUUUUUUCUCGAAUCUCCUAUUCUAUUCAUUCCACUGGUUCGGCGAAAUUCUCUGUCGGCGUUUCUUAUUUGCUUGACCUUUCUGGCGUUGAUGCAGCAGCCGCUUUGUUAUUACAAAUCUAUGAGUAUGUAUGUUUUCCUCUUUCUCCAUUCUUCUUCCCCAUGCAUGGUCGAUAGAGAAGGUUUCACUGUCGGAAUAUUCGGCGGACUUUGAUGGGAUUGAGGUUUUUCUGCUAUCUGUGUCUAUUCUUCUCAACGCUGAAUCUCUCGACAAUGCACGUUUUCAAGGGGCGUGACUGGACAGCUGCCCCUAUGUGAUUUCGUAUGUUUUGCUUCUUUUGUCUGUAUUACCGUUUGUUCUUUUUUUCUACUGGAGGGCGCCCCUCUUCGGAUUCCCCCUUUCUUACUUUGCUGUCUAUUCCAUCCAAUUGAGCAAAGCGAAUGACAUGAUUGGUCCUUUCUAUCCCCUAUCUACUAUUCUGCUGUCAAUAUCUCGAUCAUGUGUUUUUCUCCCGUCAAGCUUUAUACUAUAUUCCUGUUGGAUUUGUUUCAUAUUCCCCCCCUCUUGCUAUAAGUGGCUUCAAAUUGAAAGUGACUGGAGACUUCUGGUUUCUGGCGCGUUUUACACUGACGAGAUACAACCUUAUUUAUUUGAUG